CAUUCGCCAUCUCGACGCCAUUCACCAUCUCGACGGUCCCCCUCUCCGCGCGACGGUCGACGGAGACGCCACUCCCCUUCACGGCGAUCUCCUUCGUCGCGCCGCUCACCUUUCCGUCGAUCACCAGCACGAGGAGACUAUAUACGAUCGAGUAGAGAGUGGAAAAACCGUCGCAGAAACUCUCCACCGCGCGACCUCCACCACGGAACCUACGAUCCGAAUCCCUACCGAUACGAGCGCAAAGAAUCGGAAGUGGCAGAAAAUGAACGCCCAGACGGACGAGCCAGGAUCGAGCCCACAGCGGCAACGGCUUGUCCUCCAACUGAUCAGUUACCACCGGCUACCGAUGCGACGGCUAGUGGACAAACAACCGGAACGAGCGAUCAUCCUACUCCCGACCAUGGGGAAGCUACCAGGUUGGCCGAAAAUGCAGCGAUGCCCGGGAAACGCGGAUCUUUCGAUAUUUCGCCGCAACACCCGACCGUUUACACCGAACCGCACGGCGAACUCAUCAGUCAGCUCAUUAUGGCAGUGCAGGAUACGUCGCAAUGUACGUUGGCUUACACCAAGCAGCGUGGCGAACUCAUCAAUCGGCUAAUUAUGGCUGAAGCAAUGAAAAUGAUUUCGAACCCUGCCAGCGUUACGGAAGUCACUUCCUGUUCGGAGUUACCGAAUGUUGUGAAAGUUGCACCAAUCGCGGCGGCGAAGCCAGACAAUUCUUCCACCUUGAAGCCUAUUGAUACUGAGCUAUCCACAAAGCCGGACACGG